AUGGUUCUCUUGGUUGAAAAGCUUUACAAUUCUCUCAAACACUCUUCCAAACUGGAAAACCACCAUCACCACCACCACGAUGGCCAAUCCGAAGCCUUAUCGGCUUCUUUACAAGCUUUCCGAUACGAUGCAUCAAACUACUUAAACCAACUUUCCUUGAGUUCGAAACCCGGAUCGCAAUUCUUGUCCUUGUCAUGGAUUCAGCAGUGUUUGGAUCUUCUGUCCAUUGUUAACAAGGCUUUUGCAAAGCUAGUAAUGGAUAUUGACUAUCCCAUGAGCAAAUGGGAUGCCAAUUCCAUUGAAGACUAUCUUAUGUACAGCUUGAAAUUGUUAGAGCUUCUCAAUUCAAUCACUUCUUCACUUUCUCAUCUGAGUCAAGCUCGCCUCUCGUUAUCUCACGCUUUGAGCCUCAUCGAGAGCUCGCCUCAAUCGGCGAUAGAGCGUCUGAGAGCAAUUGAGUUCAAGAAUCUCAGCAAGGACAUGAAAGUGGAAGAAAAGAGUGAAGAAAGGGUCUGCUCUGGGAAGGAAUGGGUUGUCAAUCAAGCCUUGAUGGUUAUGAGGAGUAAUGGUUAUUGGGUAUGUGGAAUUGUGUUGUCAGGCCUAUCCGGUGACAUCAAACCAUAUUUGGAGAUGAAAAAAGCAGCCAGCAAGUUUCUAAGUCCUUCACUGAUGGCUCUGGAUUCAGGUUUUUACGAGGCGGUAGCGGAGAAAAAGUGGGUUCUGAAGGAGGUGAAGGAGGUGAAUGAUGCAGCAGCUUGCCUUGUUGCAGCUAUGGCUGCCGGAGAAAGAAACGACGAUGCCGGAAAGCAAUUGGAACGAAAAUUGGAGGAGAUGGAGGAGCUACUGGAUGGUAUGGGGAAGGAAACAGAUGGUAUGUUUUCGGAGAUUUUGGCUGGAAGAACUGAAUUGCUUGAUAGCCUCCGGAAUCGAAAGCCGUAG